GUCUCGUCUAAAAUAGAAUCGCUCGGGAAUGGACCGUUACUAAUUCCGACCCGCUUGUCGUUUACAUCGGAGAGGAGACGAGACGGCAAGAGACAGUCGGUACACGACGACGUCCUCACAAGUGUCAACAGCUGAUAUUUAUAAAUGAGAGGAAUAGCACUUUCUGUCUGAGGUACAAGGACACCGAAUGAGAGCGAGCAGCAUUUUCAGGCAAGUUGGAGACCCGUCCAGGAUAUAGAGUGUGUAGCGGGGCCUCAGACAAAGCUUAAGGUGUCGUACUGCUGCUAAGAACUUUCUCCAGAUCAAAUGGAGUAGUGGGCAGUAUGAACUAUGUGGGUCAGUUGGCAGGGCAGGUGCUGGUGACUGUCAGAGAGCUGUAUAAAGGUCUGAAUCAGGCCACCCUCUCUGGAUGUAUUGAUGUGGUGGUGGUGCAGCAGCCAGAUGGAACCUUCCAGUGCUCACCUUUCCAUGUCCGCUUUGGCAAGCUGGGUGUCCUGCGCUCCAGAGAGAAAGUGAUUGACAUUGAGGUGAACGGUUCACCAGUUGACCUGCAUAUGAAGCUGGGUGACAAUGGAGAGGCUUUCUUUGUGCAGGAGACCCAGCAUGCCAAUGAAACGAUCCCCGCUCAUCUGGUCACCUCGCCGAUCCCAACUGAAGAGCCAGUGUUCUGGGGCCGUGACUCACGCAUGUCUGAACCAUGCCAGGAGAGUGGAGUAAUGGAAGAUGGAGGGAGUGGAUUGGUGAAAAAGAAGAAAAGAAAGAGGAGAAAACACAAAAUUUCCGAACAGAGGAAAGAAGAGCAAAGCUCAGCCGCAGCCAAUCAGUCAUCAACAUCAUUUUCUGUAGUGAAAGAUUCAGUUGAGCCCAGACAGAAUCUUCCACACCGUCUCUUAGACAGUUAUCCACUCUCUGAUGGAGAUUGGACCACAGACAGCAGGAGUGUGUCAGAGCCCAACUCCCCUAAGAGUGACUCAGAACUGUCAGUGAGGUCAGAAAGCGCCAUGCGGAAUCGUUCCCAUAUGCAGUGGACUUGGGGAGAACUGCCAGAGGCCACCAAGUUCAGCUGCAGAGAGUGGGCAGAGCCUUUGAAGACACACGGCAUUACGCCGUCGGAGAGCACUCACUUCCGAGUCAUCAACAACAUAGGUGCGGUGCCAACAGAACAGAAUGAAACAGCUGUUCAUCCAGUCAUUGUCAAACCUCAACCUCGAAACCCUGUUCAACCAGUUCAACUUCACACUGCCAAACCAGAACUUCAGAUGCAGCCACUGCAUUGCCACACAUCAAAGACUGAUCCUAAUAUAAACCAAGUGGACCCUAAGGUCCAACCUCAUCCACGCAGAUCAGAUGCUCAUACAAAUAAGCUUGACUCUGAUACAUUCAAGCUCCAAACUCAAGAAAGCAAAUUAGAGUCACAGAUUCAUGUGCACCAAACAGAAACCCAUACAAACAAACUAGAACUCCACAUGUCCAAAACAGAACCUCAUGCCUUAAAGUUGUCUUCAUCAAGCGCCAGUUCUGCUGAUUCUGUGGGAAGGAGCAAGCAGCCUGUGAGUGUGCCCCAAGCUGCUGCUCGUCUGCUGGGGGAUGUCCGUGAAAUCUGCCCAGAGUGCCAGUCCUCCAAACCAGAAGCGUCGUCUAAGAGGAGAGGUGUGAGGAAGAGGAGUCAGCAUCAGGGUCCAGAGGAUAUUUACCUGGAUGAUCUCACUGCCUUAGAGCCUCAUGUUGCUGCUCGCUACUUUCCUAAAAGUGAGUCUGUAGGUCAGUGUGAGGAGGGGUGUGCGUGUUCAGGUUCUCAGUCUCCUCAGUCGGUGGGCAGUGCGGCUGCAGACAGCGGUACUGAAUGUCUGUCUGAUUCUGCUGCGGAUCUGCCAGCCGUCUCACUGUCACUUUGUGGUGGCCUGGGAGACAACGCUCACGUUAACAAGGAGAAGUUUUUGGAACACAUUGUCACCUAUCAGCAGUUUGCUGACAAUCCUGCCAUCAUUGACAACCCAAACCUGGUUGUGAGAAUUGACAACAGAUAUUAUAACUGGACCCUGGCUGCACCACUGAUUCUCAGUAUGCAAGCUUUUCAGAAGAAUUUGCCCAAGGCAGCUGAAGAUGCUUGGGUAAAAGAAAAAAUGCCAAAGAAGACCACCCGCUGGUGGUUCUGGAGGAAGAGUAGUGUACAACAGUCAGAGACUAAAGAGGAGACACGAGAUUUACUCAGCAGGGUUCCGUCUCACUACCAUGACAGCCCUGUUCCACGACAGGUGGCAGCAGACUCUUCUACUGAUGAAGACUGUAAAGAGCUGAAUACAGCUGCUCUUACUGAGCGCCUGCAGAUGGAUGGACAUGCUCACACACACUCCUAUAGGAAAUCAUUACGGCUUUCAUCAGAUCAGAUUGCCACUCUGGGAUUGAAGGAAGGACCCAAUGACGUUGUGUUCAGCAUCACCACUCAGUACCAGGGCACCUGCCGCUGUGAGGGAACCAUCUAUCUGUGGCACUGGAAUGACAAGAUAGUGAUCUCUGACAUUGAUGGCACCAUCACCAAGUCUGAUGUUUUAGGACAAUUUCUUCCUCAGCUUGGAAAAGACUGGACACAUCAGGGCAUUGCUAAACUCUACCACACUAUACAUGAGAAUGGCUAUAAGUUUUUAUAUUGCUCAGCACGUGCAAUUGGCAUGGCAGGAAUGACUAGAGGAUACUUACACUGGGUCAAUGAUAGAGGAACCAUUUUACCACGAGGACCACUAAUGCUCUCACCUAGCAGCCUGUUUUCAGCUUUCCACAGGGAGGUGAUUGAGAAGAAGCCAGAGAAGUUUAAGAUUGAGUGCUUAACGGACAUCAAGAAUCUCUUCCCUCAAAACUCUCAGCCUUUCUAUGCAGCCUUUGGCAACCGCAGCAAUGAUGUGUUUGCCUAUAAGCAAGUACAUGUUCCAGCCUGCCGCAUAUUCACGGUAAACCCUAAAGGAGAGGUCAUUCAGGAACUGACCAGGGGCAACAAGACAUCGUAUAGUCGCCUAAACGAGUUGGUGGAUCAUGUUUUCCCUUGGGUUGACAAAGAGCAAAGUGCUGCCUUUGUUCACCCAGAAUUCAGUUCUUUCUGCUACUGGAGGCAGCCCGUAGCUGAGGUCUGCCUGGAAGAGAUCCUGUUACUCUGAUUGGCUGAGCCACUGAGGAAAGCCUACUGUGAUUGGUCAGGCUGGAACUGACCUUAACUGUGAUGCUACUAUUGUUUGUAAUCUUAAAACACAAGAACCAACUGAUUAUUAUUUUCACUUUUAGUAGGGGAUUGCAUUCUUUUCUCUGUAAAUGAAUCUACUAAGAAUUUAACUACUGUAUAGUGGGUCUUGCAGUUGAGCUUAAAAGCCUUAAUGCUAUUUGUGUGUAUUUAUGAAAAAAUGCUGCUCUGUUUGAAGCUGUGUUUAACACAUAUGAACACGUCACAGACUGACUGUACAUAUCCUCUAAUGCACUUUAAGAGAUUCACUGUGUAUACAUGCAUGCAGUGCUGCUGAUUAAAUACAAGUUGAAAUGAA